AUGACCAAAGGUGGAGACAACUCUACGUCCGGGGCUCGCACAGAAAAGUUUGGAGCCCUGCCGACGCUGAACAUUUCCCUAGAAAACGUGACAGACCUUCUGUUCAACAGUACCAACAGUACAUCUACUGAGGAACCAAAGGGAGGAACAAUAUACUCAACCCACCAGACAGAACAACUGGUGACGUUAUGGGUCCUGUUUGCCUUUAUUGUUGUGGGGAACAGCCUGGUUCUACUGGUCAUGUGGAUGGAGAGACACAAGAAAACUCGCAUGAACUUCUUCAUUAUGAACCUGGCUCUCGCCGAUCUUGGAGCAGGACUCUUCAAUGUGCUGCCUGACAUAGUACACAGAUUAACUGUUGAGUGGAUUGCAGGAGACUUUAUGUGCAAGCUCAUAAAAUACAUACAGGGUGGAGUUCUGUACGGGUCUACGUAUGUACUGGUGGCACUGAGUGUGGAUCGCUAUGAUGCUAUCAUUCAUCCCAUGCGCUUUGCACAUGACCGUAAGUCGAAGGCGAUGAUUUGUGUGGCCUGGGGCCUGGCUGCCUUAUUCUCCAUCCCCAGUCCGGUCAUUUUCGCCCUGAGAAUGCUGCCCAACGGUGAGUGGCAGUGCUGGGCAGAGUGGCCGGAGGACUGGUACUGGACACCCUACAUGACCAUCGUUACUACACUGGUCUUCUUUAUUCCACUGGUCAUCAUCAGUACCUGCUACAUCUUCAUUGUGGUGAAGAUCUGGAGACGCAGCAAAGAGCUGGUCCAGGAGCGCAAGUUUAUCGGAGAAAAGUGCAUCCCCAUGACCCCGCGAACUUUCACCCAGUCCAACAACAAAGGGUCGCCAGAUGACCAGGCUGAUGAUGACAGCAGUCCUGUCAAGAAGAGAGGCUGUGUCGGGAGUCUGCGAGUUUUGUUACUAGGACCAAAAGGGAAGAAGAUCAUGAGACAGCCAAGUUCCCAAGGAAUCAUCCCCAAGGCCAAGAUCAAGACCAUCAAGUUAUCGCUGGCCAUCAUAACAGCCUUUAUUGCCUGCUGGAGCCCGUACUUUGUGUUUGACAUGAUCACCAACUUCAGCGACCUGCCUGAGUCGGAGACUAAGAAGCGAGCAUCUCUGAUUAUCCAGAACCUCCCUGCUCUGAACAGCGCCAUCAACCCUAUCAUCUACGGGUUCUUCAGCACCAAGAACUGUGGCAAGUUCAGGAGAAUAAAGUGGGUGGACUGGGUGGCUGUGAAGGUGUUUCACUGUGAGGAGUUGGAGAAGAAGGGACCGGGCGGGGUCAUGCCUCCCAGACGACGUACCUUCCAGUCUACCCUACAGGAGACCGUACUCGGACCACAGACCACCAACUCAUCCAUAUCACGUGACGCUCCCUCAAACCCCGGCAGACGACAUGCGCUCAACAACUAG